UCCCGCCGCUCUCCCUGUGCUCGCUCGAUCCGGCGGGUAGGGAGCGGUUGCAUGGAGCCGCCCGAGGAGGUGCGGGACCGGCUGGCGCGGUGCGGGCAGAGCCACCUGCUGCGGUUCUGGGCCGAGCUGUCCCCGGCGCAGCGCGGCGCACUGCUGGCCGCUUUGCCGCCGGGGCUGGGAGAGCACUGCCGGAUGGCGGCGGCGGCCGGGGCCCGCCAGCGGGGCCCACCGGAGUGCCUGGACGGCCGGAUGGAGCCGCUCCCUGCCCGGCUGCUGGGCAGCGCCCGUCGCAGCGGCCCCGCCGUGCUGGAGCGCUGGGAAGCGGAAGGCUUGCAUCAGAUCUCGCAGAACAAGGUGGCAGUGCUGCUCCUGGCUGGAGGUCAAGGAACUCGCCUGGGAGUGAGCUAUCCCAAGGGCAUGUACAACGUGGGAUUGCCCAGUGGCAAGACCUUGUAUCAGAUCCAAGCAGAAAGAAUCCAUAAAGUGGAACAGCUUGCUGGCCAGAGACACCACUGCAAGUGUGCCAUACCCUGGUACAUCAUGACAAGCGAGUUCACACUGGGGCCGACAGAGGAAUUCUUUGUAGAACACAACUACUUCAAUCUGGAUAGAUCCAACGUGAUCAUGUUUGAACAGAGGAUGUUGCCCGCUGUCACCUUUGAUGGGAAGGCCAUCUUGGAAGAGAAAGGGAAAAUUGCCAUGGCUCCAGAUGGCAAUGGUGGCUUAUACCGUGCUUUGGUGGAUAAUAAGAUUUUGGAUGACAUGAAGCAGCGUGGAAUCCAGUACGUCCAUGUAUACUGUGUGGACAAUAUCCUCGUGAAAAUGGCAGAUCCAGUCUUCAUAGGCUUCUGUGUUUCCAAAGGGGCAGAUUGCGGUGCAAAGGUGGUGGAGAAGGCCUACCCCACAGAGCCUGUUGGGGUGGUGUGCUGUGUGGAUGGGGUCUACCAAGUGGUGGAGUACAGUGAGAUCAGCCUGGAGACCGCGCAGCAGCAGAGUCCCAAUGGGGGACUGAUGUACAAUACUGGCAAUAUCUGUAACCACUUCUUCACGGUUGAGUUCCUGGAAACAGUGGCCCAGAAAUAUGAGCCGCAGCUGAAGCAUCAUGUUGCCAUAAAGAAAGUGCCCUACAUUGAUGAGGAGGGAAAUCUGGUAAAACCACUAAAACCGAAUGGGAUAAAGCUGGAGAAGUUUGUAUUUGAUGUGUUCCAGUUCUCUAAGAAUUUUGUGGCAUUUGAAGUUUUGAGAGAAGAAGAGUUCUCACCGCUAAAAAACGCAGACACAGCUGACAAAGACACUCCCACCACUGCACGGCAAGCCCUCCUGGCCCAGCAUUACCUCUGGGCUCUCAAGGCUGGGGCCAGAUUUCUGGAUGAAAAUGGUUGCAGGAUACCAGAGAAACUCAGUCUCUCAGGAACUGAAGAUGCUCCGGCUGUGUGUGAGAUAUCUCCAUUAGUGUCUUACUUUGGAGAGGUGAGAAUAACUGUCUAUGGAGGUAUUUUUAAGCAUGCAGGUAUGCAUCUGAUUUCAUUCCAGACAUGGGGGAUUUCUUUAGCCUGGGCUUGCUGAGAAAUGGUAAGAUCAAGGGAACUAGGUUUUGGGCUUUGUGUUUGUCCUGGGUUCAGCACUUAAACUACAACAGUGUUACAUUCCUGGUUCCAUUGUGAUUUACUCUUCAGCAGUUUGUUCAUGCUCAGUUUUAGCCAUCUGUAAAAUGAGAUUUGCAACAAGACUGCAAAAUUUCAUCCAGACUUACGAGUACUUUGAGAUCUUCUGAAUGAAAAUCACAGACUAUCCAAAUUACAAAAUUCAUUGGGUCACUGUAUUCAGUGUGUGCUGGUCUGUGUCUGUCUCUCACAGUGAGUGAGCACUGAGUGAGAAGUGUGAUAUGUGUAUUUGAUUUAGAGAAACCACAUCUUAGAUUUCUCAAGUUAUCCCUCUGCAAAUAACUGGGACUGGGAAAGCUGCUUCCAUUUAGUAGCAAGAGGAGCUUCCCUGUGCUGGAUAGACAGGUUGAGAAAUAGUGAAUUGCAGGAGGAUAUGUGGACGCUGUGAAGAAGGGCGUUCAUAAAACUAAAUCUUUCCUGGGUUUCUGUGUGCAGGUAGUGAACUUGUCGCAAUUGAUGCAUUGUGAGAACAAAAUGAAAACAAGGCAAUUUAAAUUGACUCUUCUUUGCUAAUAUUAUUCUAAUAUGAGUUAAGGAUACAUCUUCCCCUGCCUGCCGCUCCCCAGGAAGCCUGUUUUUGAGAUCCAUUGUUUUAAGGCUUAUUGGUGCCUCUCCUUUGUGAAACCCACGCAUGGGGCUGAAACAUUUUGCCUGUCAAUGGGGAAACUGUUGCUGUUGUCUGUCCUGUCAGUGAUCUUUUGACUUUGGCUAGUCAGUUUUUCUUUUAGGAUAUUACAGAGACUUAAAACUAGUGCAGAUAACCAGUCUGAUGCAUUUACAACCUAACAGUACUGUUUUCACACGUUCUCAGGGUCUGGAAGCGUACGUGAAGAACAGAGACUUCCAAUCUCCCUUUGUACUUGAUGAAAACAAAGCAGAAAUGCUAGGAAAUUCUUGAAAAGGAGGGAGGCUUUUCUCUCAAAUCAGAUACUGCCUGUCAGGUCCAUUGUAAGAACUAACAUUACUAAAAUAUCAGCUAUGAAGUGCAUUAUAAAAAACACUGCUUUGCAGUAUCGAUUGAUGCCAAAUCAUUACAGCAAUUGUGUCUGCACACACAUGCGUGCUCACCAGUUCUGUCUGGUAACUUCGAAGGCUGUGCCUUUUACCUCAGUCUGUUUUGUAGACUUGGAUAUGAAUGAAGAUUAUUAAUACCUUCUGGGUACCAAACACAUUUUGUAUUUUUUAUUUGCUGUGCGUACAUAUGUGUCAGAGACAGUCAGGGUCUAAUAAGUCAGCUUUGCAUUCAAGAAGAUUAAAUCACUUCAGUGCCUUGUUAGGGAUUUUGUUUGUGCUGGUGAGGUUGGUGGUUUCUGAUACUGUUUUUUUUCUUUAAUUUGUGUGCGCAUGUGAAGAAUCAGUUUGAGGCCCCAUACUGAAAAGUAUGGAAUGACUUUGUGUACUGGGGCCUUUCUUUCCAAAGAUCCAUCUUUCCUCUAAGGCUGUGCUGGUUAGAAGAUCCAGUACAGCAAUUGCAUCCUCUAACCAGAUCGCGCAGUCUGCAGUGGGUAGGGAUGCUGCUGUGCGUAAGCGUUGCUUGAGGUUUGGACUCCAAAGCAGAUCAAAGUAGUAUGCAUAUCUAGAUUUGCUGGUGCCAUUCCAAAAAAAACAUAUGGAAAUAUGAAGCUUUGACUGAUUGCUCUUUACAGCUGUAGGUUUUUUUAUUGAAAAGAAGAUUUUUUUUUUUUUUCCCCGGCAAUCCUCUGUUCUUUCUGUCUAUAACAGUUAUUUUACUUUCCAUUUUUCUAUUUCAUAUGUUCCAUAUCCCUCAAAGGGACUCUUUUAAAGUACCUGAAAGUAGUAAGAGGCACAAAUCCUGAUGGUAAAAUUUAAUGCUCAGCCAAAGCAAACAAAUGAAAAAGACUCAAUCCCUGCAUGACCACUGCACACAGUAAAACACCAGCUUCUCCUUCUACAGUUUCUGGACAUCCUUUAGAUGCCUUCCUUUUAAAUACAUUACUAACCAUAACGCAGAGAUAAGUGUCAUCUAAUUAAGGACACUAAUAGUCAGAAUGCAUGUAGCAUGUGAACUUGGCCCUGGCCAAGGGAUCCCAGGGUGCCUGUGAACCACAAAUGAUUGCUCCUGUUCAGCCUUUGGCACUGCCCUGGCAAGCUCGUGCCAGGCAAGCACAGAACACACCAAAGUGGUUUCACCCUUUUGAGGAUGCUUCAGGUGUACUGUUGGGUGGCCUUUGCUUGAAGAGCACUUUAUACCCUAAAUCAGGUUUAAAGGAAGGUGGGAAGGAAGAUGCUUCAUUUGGAAUGUUGUUAUUUCAUGCAUCUGCUUCUAUUGAGGAAUUGAUGCUGUUUUAUUAAGCAUAAAUCUUUUAAAUAACUUACGUGGCUUUUAAAAAACUUACAUGUGAUUGCUGAUGUGAAAGCUGUAUUCAGAAUGUUGGAGAAGUAUAAAAAUGGCUUUGAGAGUAAGUACAGUUUGUAAUUAGGCUCAUGUUGUCCAAAGAAAGCAUCUAAAUGUCAGUGGCAGUUUUCAGGUAUAAGGUGUAUAUGCACUGAAGUAAUGAGUCUUUUGCAUGUGCAGACCAGCUCGUGACAGUUUUGAUUACCUGUGUUUGCCGUGCAUCUGUAAUUCCCAUUUUUAGUAUAAAUUAAGCAUUUGCCUGUAAUGCUCAAUUCUGUAUUUUUCUUCACAGUGUUUCUAUGGAUCAUUCCAUUCCUGUCAGUCAAGUUUUAUAUUUGUGCCCUGGUUUUGGCUGGGAUAGAGUUAAUUUUCUUCCUAGUAGACUCUAUGCCAGCCGAAACCAGGACAAUCUGCCAACAAAUUGUGUUGCAUCUUUUGAGUAUUGCUUGUUGAUUCAGGCACAUGCUCCUUUUAAGGUGCACUGUGCUACAAAGAAAGCAUAUUUCUAUUGCUCUUUAUAAAGUGCUUUGAGACUUCAGUUCCUGUGGGCUUUAAUCAUGUGUACACUGACUGAGCUGUUGACUGCUUUUAGAGGUUGUUGUUGAGGGGAAGCCAAAUUAGAAUGCUGUAUGCCUUGUCUGUUGGGGUGUUUUUCUAUAACUCCUCACAUUUUAAACUGGAACAUAGAAAAAAUUUUGAGAGAACUUAAAAAAAAAAAAAAAGAAAAAUAGUAUCUCUCCUGUAUAUAGCAAAAUAAUUCUAGUGUGCAUUGUGAAAUGAAAAAGUACCUGAAACAAAGGGAGGUCCCUUAGGACUCCAGCAACUUUUGGACACCUAAGAUUUUUAUAAUAAAGUUGUUACUGUGA